GGGUGCUCGCUCAAAACGGGCAGUGCCGGCGGCACCAUCGGCUCUCCGGUACACGUGGACGAAGCCCGCCUGCUGCGCGUCUUCUCUCCCUGUCCUUGCCUCGUCAGGCUGUGCCCCCAAGGAGAGGCGAGGCGCAGCGCGGGUGGUGGCGGGCUCUCUUGCGGCCCGCGUGCCGAAGCCGUGCCUCGCUCGCUGCGAAGAUGCGUUUCCACUGCGCCUUUCCAAUUCGUGCCGUCUUUCCCCUCCCCCUCUGCUUUCCUCUCGCAAUGCGACCUCCACCGCCGUCCACGCAACCAACCAACAACGGCGAAAAGCCACGACUAACUCGUCCUGCCCCGCCGCUCCACCGCGCUCUCGCUCUCACUCGUGCUGCCGCCCACCGCCUUCGCCUCUGCGACUUCUCCAUUUCUCACCGCACCUCCGCUGUCCCACGAUGUCUCUCCCCGUCAUCGACAUCUCGCCGCUGUACAACGACAACAAGGAUGACUUGCUGCGCGUUGCCCACGCCAUCGACGACGCGUGCCGCACGUGGGGCUUCUUCUACAUCACCGGCCACGGCAUCCCCAAGGAGCGUGUCGCGAAGCUGACGGAGAUGGCGGACAGGUUCUUCGCCCUGCCGGAAGAAGAGAAGAUGAAGAUCAAUAUCGAGGAGACCGCCCAUCACCGUGGCUACGGCUCGUACACGGCGGAGCAGCUGGACCCCAGCAAGCCGGGCGACUGGAAGGAGACCUUCGACAUGGGUUGCCACCUGCCGCUGGACCACCCCUCCGUGGUGGCCGGCCAGCCUCUCCGCGGCCCCAACAACCACCCGACCUCGAUUGAGGGCUGGACGGAGCUGAUGGAGCAGCACUACGCGGACAUGCAGAAGAUGGCGUUGCAGCUGCUGCGUGCGCUUGCUCUGGCGAUCGGCAUCGAUGAGGGCUUCUUUCAGGACAAGUUUACUGAACCGUUGAGUGGCUUCCGCAUGAUCCGCUACCCUGCGCUGCCGGACGAGAAGGGCCGCGUGGUGUGCGGCGCGCACACGGACUACGGCAUCGUGACGCUGCUGUACCAGGACAAGGCCGGCGGUCUGCAGGUACAGAACCUGAGCGGCGAGUGGAUGGAUGCGCCGCCGAUCGAGGGCAGCUACGUGGUGAACAUUGCCGAUAUGAUGUCGAUGUGGAGCAACGGGCGCUACAAGAGCACGCCGCACCGCGUUGUGAACGUCGGCGUGGAGCGCAUCUCGAUGCCGUUCUUCUGCGAGCCGAACCCCGAGACCGUGAUUUCGUGCCUGCCGAACUGCUUCGACGAGCAGCACCCCGCCCUCUUCCCCGACGUGAAGGCCGUUGACUGGAUGGAUAAGUGCUUCAAGGAAACGUACGCCUUCCGUACGCGGAAAGACAACCUGGAGAAGCCGACCGCGAAAGCUUAA